AUGGCCGCUGUCGUUUUAAGAAAAGAGGGGGAGGGCAGCGCGGAGGAAUUCCAAGUUGCUCUAAGCCUUCGCGCCGAUGCCGUCGGAUCGGAGAGAGAAGCGUCAUGUCUCGCGAGCGGCGGGUGCACGGCCGUGGGCAACGGUAUACAAGUCACAUCGCGGGCGGCUUGGUUUCGGGCUGCGUGGAGGUUCUUGGGCGAUUUGGGCACCUUCACUGCGACCCGUGGACGUGAAAUACUGGGCAAGGCAGUGGCUGCGACAGCACGGACGAUUCGAACUUACGAGUGGAGGAAUACAAUGGCGAUAGCGCCAUUUCCUCCUUACGAGCGGCACCGGAUCGGCUCAGUCGUCCGUUUCCGCCUCACCUACGAAAAGCACAUGGGUAGUAGCUGCUUCCUUCGUUCUGCACGGCAGCAAAUCUUCUGUGGGCGACAGGCUCCAUCCUCACCAAGCUCUAACUCCCGCCUGAUCCAGACCCAAGUCGCAAUGGUUCAAACUCGAUCUCAGACUGACGGCAACGUGACACGCUCAUCUCGACAGAGUUCACGAGCAGCACUACCGCAUGCCUCGGGCACGUCCGGUCUGCACGCUCGGCGGAAGCACGCAUCGGGCGCCAGGAGUGUUUCAAACCGUGAGAGGUACUUUCCUUUCUUGAAACUUCCACCCGAUGAGUCUCGGCUCGGAUGCACUCGCUCUGGGAGAGGACGAGCUAAUCACGCCAACUCCACAGAACUCCGAACUGCAGUUUACAAGGCUGCCAUCGAAUUUGUGGACGACUCCUGCAGCCUGUCGACUCGUGCGCUCACCGAGGCGGGCAGAACUACCAACCACGGCAUCAGCGAGGGCUGGGGAUCAGCACAAGCAUGUCAUCAGCUCCGCGAAGAGUUCUGGCCUACAAUCCGAUCACGAACUUUUCUCCACGUGCAGCUUCACGACUACGAGGCCCUCUUAUGCCACUCCCUGCAGCUGGAUGCCGACUGCUGCUCAGACGUUAUCCUGACUGACAGGUGCAGGGCAACCCGUGCCGCCACAGAUGGCUGCGAAUGCCGACGCUUUGAGAAAAGUCCAAGCACGACUAGUCCUCCAUGUCGAUCUAGGUCUUGUCGGCCGUGA